GGGCGGAGCCGCCGGCGCCCCGACCCCCUGGGCGAACAUGGCCGGUAGCUAGCGGGUCCGGGGCGCUGCGGAGGGAGCCGGGCCGGUGAGGAGCAGCCUCUCCCCCGCGGCUCCUUACGCUCUUCCCCCCCCCUUUCUCUCCCGCAGGGGCUGCGGCCGGGACCUGCUCCCCGGGGCGCUGGGGAGACUCCCCGCUCCGGGCGGGCGCCGGGAGAGCCGAGGCCAUGGACGAGCAGAGCGUGGAGAGCAUUGCUGAGGUGUUCCGAUGUUUUAUUUGUAUGGAAAAGUUGCGUGAUGCACGUCUGUGUCCACAUUGCUCCAAGCUAUGUUGUUUCAGUUGCAUUCGGCGUUGGCUGACUGAACAAAGAGCUCAGUGCCCUCACUGUCGAGCCCCACUCCAGCUACGGGAACUUGUAAACUGUCGUUGGGCAGAAGAGGUUACGCAGCAGCUUGACACACUUCAGCUAUGCAAUCUCACUAAGCAUGAAGAAAAUGAAAAAGACAAGUGUGAAAACCAUCAUGAAAAACUCAGUGUAUUCUGCUGGACAUGUAAGAAAUGUAUCUGUCACCAGUGUGCUCUCUGGGGAGGAAUGCAUGGAGGACAUACUUUUAAGCCACUAGCUGAAAUUUAUGAGCAACAUGUCACAAAAGUGAAUGAGGAGGUAGCAAAACUUCGGAGGAGACUCAUGGAGUUGAUCAGUCUAGUGCAAGAAGUGGAGAGGAAUGUAGAGGCAGUGCGCAGCGCAAAGGAUGAACGAGUUCGGGAAAUUAGGAAUGCAGUGGAGAUGAUGAUUGCCCGAUUAGACACUCAAUUGAAGAACAAGCUUAUAACACUAAUGGGUCAAAAGACAUCACUCACCCAAGAAACUGAACUUCUGGAGUCCUUGCUACAGGAAGUAGAACACCAGCUACGAUCAUGCAGUAAGAGUGAGUUGAUAUCUAAAAGCUCGGAGAUUCUGAUGAUGUUUCAGCAGGUUCACCGGAAGCCUAUGGCAUCCUUUGUCACUACUCCUGUCCCUCCAGACUUCACAAGUGAAUUAGUACCAGCCUAUGACUCAACCACCUUUGUCUUGGAAAACUUCAGCACUUUGCGCCAGCGGGCAGAUCCUGUGUACAGUCCACCUCUUCAAGUGUCAGGGCUUUGCUGGCGACUAAAGGUUUAUCCAGAUGGAAAUGGAGUUGUGCGUGGUUACUACUUGUCUGUGUUUCUAGAGCUCUCAGCUGGAUUGCCAGAAACAUCCAAGUAUGAGUACCGUGUGGAGAUGGUUCACCAGUCCACCAAUGAUCCUGCUAAAAAUAUAAUUCGAGAGUUUGCCUCUGACUUUGAAGUUGGAGAAUGCUGGGGUUAUAACAGAUUCUUUCGAUUGGACUUGCUUGCCAAUGAAGGGUAUUUGAACAGACAAAAUGACACUGUAAUUCUUAGGUUCCAGGUGCGUUCACCUACCUUCUUCCAAAAGUGUCGGGACCAACACUGGUACAUUACUCAGUUGGAAGCUGCUCAGACAAGCUACAUCCAACAAAUAAACAACCUCAAAGAGAGACUUGCAAUUGAGCUUUCCCGUACCCAAAAAUCACGAGGCAUGUCACCUCCAGACACUCAUCUUAGCCCCCAGAAUGAUGAUGGUCCAGAAACAAGACCAAAGAAAUCUGGACCGAAUCCUGAAGUACUACUUGAGAGUGUCACCACUCCAGCAUUAGCGAGAGAUGCCAAGGAUGAGGAGGAGGAGAAAAUCCAGCAUGAAGAUUUUAAUUAUGAGCUCUCGGAUGGUGAUCUGGAUGUAGACCUUGCUGGAGAAGAUGAGGUAAACCACCUAGAUGGCAGCAGCUCCUCUGCUAGUUCAACAGCUACUAGUAACACUGAAGAGAAUGAUAUUGAUGAAGAGACUAUGUCUGGAGAAAAUGAUGUGGAAUAUAAUAGUAAUAUGGAGCUAGAAGAAGGAGAUCUCCAGGAUGAUGCUGCUGCUGGUGGAGCAUCAGGUAGUAGCCAUGGCUAUGCCAAUGCAAGUGGCAGAUCUUCAAGGCGGGGAGGAAGUACUUUAGGCUCAGCAGCCAGCAGCAGUUUACUAGACAUAGAUCCCUUAAUUUUAAUCCAUUUAUUGGACCUAAAAGACAGGAAUGGGAUGGAAAAUCUGUGGGGUCUACAGCCACGUCCUCCUGCCUCACUUCUGCAGAACAGAGCAUCAUCCUACUCUCUAAAAGACCGAGACCAGCGGAGGCACCAGGCAAUGUGGCGUGUGCCACCUGACUUAAAGAUGCUGAAGAGACUCAAAACUCAGAUGGCUGAAGUUCGAAGCAAAAUGUCUGAUGUAAAAAACCAGCUGUCAGAAGUAAGAAGCAGCAAUGCUGGCUCUUGUGAGGGGCAACCCAGCUUCCUCCCUGGUGAUCAGGGGCCUUUGGCUGCCUGUGGAACAGAAAGCUGCAGCAAGUUACAAGAAAUAGGAAUGGAGUUGCUGACAAAAUCAUCAAUUACAAGCUGUUACAUAAAGAGUUUCACAAGUAAGAAAAGUAAUUCGCCCAAAGCUACUCGUUCUGGAGCAGCAGGGAGCCUGUCUCUUCGAAGAGCAAUGGACUGUGGGGACAAUAAUCUUCGCUCAAAGGGAGAUUGUCAGACUUCCUCUGAAGGUUGCAUAGGAAGCUCAAAGUCUGGCAGUAGGCAUGGCUCUCCCAGGUCCCUGACUAAUGGUAAUGCUCCUGAUGCACUGCCUAAGCCAGAGGAAAGGGAGUGUGAAGGCUCAGAUUCUGAUGUGGGCGUUUCUGCUUUAAAUGGCUUAACUAUGGAGAAGACAAGAAAAGCUAUCGCUCUGGGGUCAGAUUCUAAAGGAUGUCAUACCGAAGGAACACAACCAACUGAUCAAGAGAACAACUCGGAAACUGGGGAGCUACAGGCCAUUCUCUCUGAGGGCACUUCAGCAGAGCCAGAGGAAGCUGGGCUAUGUCAGAAGCACGUCCUUCACCUCCUGCCAGGCAUGAGCAGCGAUAGCGACAUUGAAUGUGACACAGAAAACGAAGAGCAGGAGGAUGCCACAUCCACGUCAGAUGCGUUUAAUCACGCCUUCGAUGUCCAGCCCUCAAGUGAAGUAUUAGAGCUGUGUUCAGUUUUUUCUGAAGGUGAUCAAAUAGGCCCUGAAGACCUCAGCUUUGGUACUGGAGAGGACAAUACAAGGUAGAGGAUUGGCUUGUUGACUGCAGAAGACUUUGAAGAGUUGGAUUAACACUAGCCUGCUUGUGUCCCUGAGAAGAGGCACACUUCAUAAUGCUUAUUUAUUCCAUCUGUAUUUUUCUCAUAGGGUGUGCACAUUCCAUUGUGCUGAAUAUAAAAGAUUAUGUAGUUCUUCCAUGGCUGUUUUAAACCUGUUAAUAGGGCAAGUUGCCCUAUGAAAAACCUUAGCAAGACUGUAUUCUUCAUGGCUUUGGCAGGUUCAAAUGCAGAUUCUGAACAAAUGUUCAAAAGGUGCUAGAGCCUUGUUCAUAUUUGUCUCCUUACGAUUGAUACAGCAGAGAAUGUGGGGGAAGAUCCUUCCCUUUUUAUUAUUAAUGGUAUGAAAUAACAUUGUAGUUGUAUUCAUAGGGAUCUAAGCUAUUUAAAGUUAGGGUGAAAGUGGCCUGCACAAGAGUUAGUUUGUAUUUGUUUUCUUCAGUCUCUAAUUUGGACCAACUGAGAACAUCGUUGCCAAACUUUUUACCACUGUGCAUUGCAUUUGAGCAGCUAAAAUGUUUUGUGAAGCUAUAAUGAAAGCUGAAUAACGGGCUGGUGAAAAAGCAUGAAUAAGUGUAUAAAUGGUAGGUGAGUGUUCUCAUCUGACUGUACUUGCUGAAACAUUCGUUUUGUAUGUAAUGGUCCCCAGUGUUUAAGUGCGUACAAAUCAUAUAGUUUAGUUUAAAACUGUUUGCACUUUUUGUUAAUAAA